AUUAUCUAUCUUAUGAACACGUUUAUCGAUGCAUGUUUGUACGGGUUUGUUUCACUGAUUAACAUUUAUUUUAUAAAUAUUUCGCAUUGGAAUAACGUUUCUUGUUCGUCCGAAUUGGGAGAAAGAUAAAAUUUGAAAGAUUUAAAUAAAUGUCAAUGAGUCAAUAAGUGUACAAUUUAAAAGGAUCGAUAAAAGCUAAAGGUCGAUUGAAUUACAUACCUUUAGUACUCAGAAUGAAUAGUUGCAAGUUUUAAAAAUCAAUUUCUUAAACGAUGGCUGGAUUGGAAAAUUACGGAAGGGUAUAUCAAGAGAAAAAUGGUGAUACUUAUUUUUAUAGACACGAGGUAAUCCGUCCGUUGCACGUUAGCAGCGUUAUAUCUGAUGUGGACGAUGAUAGUUUGCCUUAUGAGGGAGAUGCCACUGCAAAAACGUUUAUGAUUGCUGGUUGCGGAGUAGCAACCUUAAUUAUGGAAACCUUGUUAGUUCAUCCUCUAGAUGUUUUAAGGAGGCAAUGUCAAGUAAAUCCUGGAUUAAAAAAGUAUCACAUAAUACCAAUGACUUUGGUACCUGUAGUCGUGGGUCUUCAUCAAACUCAAGGAAUAAAUACUUUAUGGAAAGGAAUUGGAUCUGUGGUACUUGUAAGAGGGAUGUUGUUAGCUAUUGAAAAUUUCAUUUCUAAAGUAACACUGUGGCCAAAGGAAGUAAGAUGCAACAGUUCAUUGAAACUAUUUGGACAACAUAUUCUUCUCAAAUGUAUUUCCAUAGGUUUGAUAACACCAUUUUACUCUGCAUCAUUAGUGGAGACAGUACAAUCUGAAAUUGCAUCAGAGAGUCCUGGAAUAUUGGACGUCUUUCGAAACGGCGCAAUUCGCUUGGUCGAAGUGAACAACAAAGGCAGAUUAAUUCCUAUUUACUCUCUUCUGCCACCAACUGUUUUUUACGUAGUAUCGAAAUAUCUUUUUACUCUAGCUGCACAAGGGAUUACUAGUCGCAUUAUGUAUAUUAAACAGAAACAUUCUCAACAGUUAAGAGGUGCAUACAGCAGAGACUUGACAAUUGCAUCAGACAUAGAGCUGCGGUCGGCGUUAAUUUCUGCGUCUAUUGCGGAAGCAUUGUUUUAUCCUUGGGAAACAGUGAUUCACAGACUUCACCUUCAGGGUACACGUACUAUUAUUGACAAUUUGGAUACAGGACGUAGCGUAACGCCAUUAUUAACAGGAUAUAGCGGAGUAACUGAUUGUUGCAGUACGAUCAUUUCGACUGAAGGCCCUCUUGGUUUAUAUAAAGGAUUCGGUGCUCUCCUUUUGGAGUUUACCGUAAAUUUUGUAAUAGCGCGGGUUAUUAAACGGAUUAUGGAGGAAUUACGAACAGUAUUCGAGCCAAAACCAAAACUGUCAGAACGGCCACCAUGGUAUAAUGCUAUGUAAAAGAGAAAUAAUAAUGAGUUAUCAACGCGUGUUUAAUGGUACACUUUGUGUCUGUAACAAUCUGAUAGAUUACAGUAUAAUUGUAAAA